AUAUAAACCUUAUUGAAAUAGAGAGACUAAAUAAACUGCAUAAUACGCAUCAAAUAAAUAUACCUAUCAGAAAGACCAUGUUGUCUUUAAAAUGUUUGCUGGCGUAUUGGAUAUUGUUGUUCUUUGUUUUCCGCUGCAUUGUUCCUAGUUUAGGCGUCAGUUGUAAGGGGUUUGGGCACCACAAUCCUCCCGAUGAUUGGUUUGUUCUGUACAAACUUCCCAGGAAAAUAAAUGAUGAGAAUAGACUUGUUCAGAAGGGAAACGCCUUUAUUUACAUGACCUCAAAUCAGCAGAAGUGGGCGUUUUCUGAAAUUGGAAUUGAUGAAAAAUACACACCAAUAUACAAUACACUCCAACAAAUAUAUGAUCGGCCUAAUAACUCAGGGUUAGACUUUGGAAUGUAUAAUGACCAACCUCCAAAUACGGAAAGAGUUGCAACCAUAGCAGGACAAACGAAAGGUGCGUUUGCUUUUGAUGAACUUGGAGGCUUUUGGAUGAUUACAAGUACUCCUCGUUUCCCGAUGCCCCACAAUUCAAAAAACACUUAUGUUUUUCCAGAGAGGUUUUUGGAGAGCAGUCAAAUAAUCAUCUGCAUAUCAUUGGACAAGGAUCAGAAACAAAAAUUGAAGAAUUCAAUCUUUCGAGUGACAAUACCGUAUAACUAUAGUGGUGUUUGGGAUAUCCCCGAAAGAACUCCACCCUCAUCAGAUAUAAUGAUUGAAAAUGUGGGAACGGGAUACAUUUACUUUACAAAGCAUAGAAGAACUGAAAAAGGCUGCCCAGCUGACGGACGCCAUGAAAAUGUUAAUGUCACUGUUCGAUCACGAGUGUGA